GGGGCAGCGGCCAGCGCCUCCCCGCCGAUCCGUCGGCAGCAAGGGGGCGGCGGCGGCAGGCGGGCGCGGUCGCUCGCCGUGGGCCCAGCGGACAUGUUUUCCCUCUCCAGCACAGUGCAGCCGCAGGUUACAGUUCCUCUGAGUCAUCUCAUCAAUGCCUUCCAUUCACCAAAAAGUGCAUCUAUCUCUGUUGGUGUAUCAGUUUCUCAAAACCAGCAUCGGGAUGCAGUUCCUGAGCAUGACGUGCCCAGCAGUGAGCCCACACUUAAUUUAAGGGAUCUUGGACUAUCUGAAUUAAAAAUUGGACAGAUUGAUCAACUGAUAGAAAAUCUCCUUCCUGGAUUUUGCAAAGGCAAAAGCAUUUCUUCCCAUUGGCAUACGUCUCAUGUUUCUGCACAGUCCUUCUUUGAAAAUAAAUAUGGUCACUUAGAUAUGUUUAGUGCUCUACGUUCCUCAAGCUUAUACAGACAUCAUCCAAGAACUGUUCGAAGCCUUUGUUCAGACCUUCAGUACUGGCCAGUUUUUAUACAGUCUCGGGGUUUUAAAACUUUGAAAUCAAGAACACGACGGCUACAGUCCACCUCUGAAAGAUUAGCUGAAACACAGAAUAUCGCACCUUCCUUCGUAAAGGGGUUUCUUUUGCGGGACAGGGGAUCAGAUGUUGAGAGUUUGGACAAACUCAUGAAAACCAAAAACAUCCCAGAAGCUCACCAGGAUGCAUUUAAGACUGGUUUUGCAGAGGGUUUUCUGAAAGCUCAGGCGCUGACCCAGAAAACCAAUGAUUCCCUUAGGCGAACUCGCUUGAUUCUGUUUGUUCUGCUGCUGUUUGGCAUUUAUGGACUGUUGAAAAAUCCAUUUUUAUCUGUCCGCUUCCGAACAACAACUGGACUUGAUUCUGCAGUAGAUCCUGUCCAGAUGAAAAAUGUCACCUUUGAACAUGUUAAAGGGGUGGAGGAAGCUAAACAGGAGUUACAGGAAGUUGUUGAAUUCUUGAAAAAUCCACAAAAAUUUACUGUGCUUGGAGGUAAACUACCAAAAGGAAUUCUUUUGGUUGGGCCACCAGGAACCGGAAAGACGCUUCUUGCUCGAGCUGUGGCCGGAGAAGCUGAUGUUCCGUUUUAUUACGCAUCAGGAUCAGAAUUUGAUGAAAUGUUUGUGGGUGUGGGAGCCAGCCGCAUCAGAAACCUUUUUAGGGAAGCCAAAGCAAAUGCUCCUUGUGUUAUAUUCAUUGAUGAAUUAGACUCUGUUGGCGGGAAGAGAAUUGAAUCUCCAAUGCAUCCGUACUCAAGGCAGACCAUAAAUCAGCUUCUCGCUGAGAUGGAUGGUUUUAAACCCAAUGAAGGAGUUAUCAUCAUAGGAGCUACGAACUUCCCAGAGGCAUUGGAUAAUGCCUUAAUACGCCCUGGUCGUUUUGACAUGCAAGUUACAGUUCCAAGGCCAGAUGUGAAAGGUCGAACAGAAAUUUUGAAAUGGUAUCUCAAUAAAAUAAAGUUUGACCAGUCUGUUGAUCCAGAAAUCAUAGCCCGAGGUACUGUUGGUUUUUCUGGAGCAGAGUUGGAGAACCUCGUGAACCAGGCUGCAUUAAAGGCUGCUGUUGAUGGAAAGGAAAUGGUUACCAUGAAGGAACUAGAAUUUUCCAAAGAUAAAAUUCUCAUGGGACCUGAACGGAGAAGUGUGGAAAUUGAUAACAAAAACAAAACCAUCACUGCGUAUCACGAAUCAGGCCAUGCUAUCAUUGCCUAUUAUACAAAAGAUGCCAUGCCAAUCAACAAGGCCACCAUCAUGCCACGAGGGCCGACACUGGGACAUGUGUCACUGUUGCCGGAGAAUGACAGGUGGAAUGAGACAAGAGCCCAGCUGCUGGCGCAGAUGGAUGUGAGCAUGGGCGGGAGAGUGGCAGAGGAGCUUAUCUUUGGAGCGGACCAUAUUACAACAGGUGCUUCCAGUGAUUUUGAUAAUGCAACGAGGAUAGCUAAGCGGAUGGUCACCAAAUUUGGGAUGAGUGAAAAGCUUGGAGUUAUGACCUACAGUGAUACUGGGAAGCUGAGUCCUGAAACUCAGUCUGCCAUUGAACAAGAAAUACGAAUUCUGCUGAGGGAGUCAUACGAGCGAGCAAAGCACAUCUUGAAAACGCACGCGAAAGAGCAUAAGAAUCUAGCAGAAGCUUUACUGACCUAUGAGACUUUGGAUGCCAAAGAGAUUCAGAUUGUGCUCGAGGGGAAGAAGCUGGAAGUGAGAUAAUGACUCAGUCCGGAGGCACUGCUGGCGUUGUAGCAGGCAUCUGAGUAAUAUCACAGUCGUUUCCUUUUGCAAUGCUUCCUGCUAAUCUUGGUACACUUCAAGAGUAUGAGAAACUUUUGUGAUCUUUGGUCACAUUUAUCUGAUUUUGGUUUGUUUCAUGGUGACACCUCUUGCAAAUUAGCCACCCAUAGUAUAUCUGUUUUAAAAAAAAUAAAUCAGGAUUGAAA